AUGGUAAACUUUAUAGCCUGUCUAGCUCACUUUUGCGAGCUACAUGGACCAUCUACGAUAAUAUGUACACAGAUGACCACAUUACAAGAUAAAUCUGAACAUUUAUUACGAAAUACUUCGAAGUUGCAUUCGUGUGCUUCAUGCAAGCUUAUCCUUCCGGAUGAUGCAGUGAAUUUGGUUACAACCGUGGACAAUAAGAAUGAAUCUAACAACCAAGCAGUGUAUAUAUCUACACAUUACCCAUCAUCGCAGCAGCGAUAUACGUCGCUAACCAAACUAAUUAUGAAGUCAUUAUCGGUGGAAACGACAACUGAUCUCUCAAAGCCAAUAUUUUACGGAGACGUGGUUAAUGGGUAUUGCAUAAGUAAAAUAUUUAAGAUUAAAGAUUUAAGUUCCCGUGGAUCAGAAAGAAAAUAUUCGCUCAUGGUCAUAGCUGAUUCUGAAAUAAAGCUUCUUCAGAAUUGGGAUAUAAUAGCGACAUAUUUGAACGAGAUAAUUUCCUUAAUACAAGCGCAAGUGGACAUUGUCAUUAAUAAUGCAAUCAUGAAGAAAGAGGCUAGUAACGCCAACGGUGCCAUGUUUGAUAAUGAAAGAUACUUGCGAAGAUCGUUGAUCAGGCCAAAAUCCUUGGUUGAAUUAACAGAUGAUAACCAAAUAUUUGUCAAGUUUCAUUUAUGGGCUAUUGAAUUGUUAAAGGAUAUAACUAUAUAA